AAAGGCUUAUUUUCAAAACUCAACUAAACAAGAUAGAAAAACUAUGCUUUACUUGGUGAUUUUAAUAAUUAUUUCAGUUGUCUUUUGUGCUGAUGAAAAAAUCGAUCCUGACGACUUAAUGGAUGACUAUGAUAUAUUCGAUGAUGAUGAAAACUAUCAUAUUGAAUCGGAUAAAAAACAAAAGAUAUAUGAAAAUUGCAUUCACAAGAAUCUGGGGAUUACUUUCGAUGAGGCUGUAUUGAAUGGUACUGUAUCCGAUUGUUUCGAUCAUUGUUUCAUGAUAGCUGAUGGCUAUAUUGUCAAUGACAAGAUAAACCCUAAAAGAAUUCUUCAAAAGUUGCCCGACGAUCCCGAUUUAUUCAAGGAAAUCGAAGCCGAAUGCCACACCAUCAGGACCACGAAAAAAUGUGAAUUGGGGAGCCGACUGGUGAAGUGUUAUGUUAAAAUCGAUAACGAUGGCGAAGAGAUGCAGUGCCCCAGACCACAAGUCAUAACCAAUAAUUUUGAAUUAAAUGAAAAUUUAGAAGAUAUUUACUAAUUUAUGGAAGAGAUUCAGUGCCCCAGACCACAAGUCAUAACCAAAAACUUUGAAUUAAAUGAAAAUUUAGAAGAUAUUUACUAAUUUAAGGAAAACUGGAAGAAGUUCCUUCUAUUUAAAAAUUUUCUACACUUUCAUUUUUAACUUAUUUAAGACAAUUUUUUAGAGCGACUGUUAUGACUAAAUUAUUAUUAUGUUAACCAGAAAUUUUUAAAAUUGGGUUGCACGUGUUCUUUAUAUAAGAAAAAAAAGGGAUUGUACAAAUCAAGGUUUUUUUUUUGUGUAAAUCUAAAGGUUAAAGUGAAGUUAAUCCAUUUAAUUUUCUCCCAUGUCUAAUAGAGCUUAAAAUCUCCAAGAAAAUUAUAAAUGUCGUUUUAAACCAUAAACUUUUUAUUCAAAUAGAAACUUUUAAAAUGAGACGCAUAUUUGGCGCACUGACUUUGUUAGCCCUCUUGGCAGUUAUAAAUGCACAAAAUUUUACAUUGAAUUUGGACGAA